CCAGUCCUCCCUUUCUCCUCCCUUUCCUCUCCCAUCUUAAACUUUGAACUUUGAAAUUGAAAGAUCGGAGAACCCUAGCCCUCAGCCGGCAGCCCCGCAGCCACCGCAGCUCCGCAACCUCGCAGCCCCCGCAGCCCCUUUUCCGUCGUCGUUCCCUUCCCUUCGUUGUCUCUCUUCACUGCGUGCGCCCUCGCUGCCUCUUCUCUCCUUGCUGUCAGUCGUCGCUACUCAGCUCCUCGCCGUGGGUCGUCGUUGUUCCGCUCCUCGCCGUUUGUCAUUUCUGCUUUUCUGCCUUCUCACCAGUCUUGCUAGGUGGUCUCUGCUUCUCUGCUCCUCACUCUUCAUAAGAAAAGAAUUAAUUAGCAAGAGUGGCUGACGGUUUGUCAAUUUCUUGAGUUGUUGGGUGUUCAGCUAACUGGUGGUGAUGGGCAGCUAGAAGAGGUUAAGUGGUAACAAGUUUCGGAUAUGCAAGGAAAGAAACUCCUCUUCUUAGUUCCAGAUUCCUCGAACACCAUGGCGGCUUCCAAAACCACAACCAAAACCGAUCUCUUUCUUGCGAGAUUCCACGAGAUCCAGGCAAUCCGAAUCUGAUGAUUGACUCACUCAGGCAGUUGCUUGCUACCAGAGCGGCGGCCAUCUUGUUAAAACGGACAGGCUGCGUCUGCAUAGUAUUUGAGCAUGGAAGACCGUGGAGGACGCGGCGGCCUGGUCAUUGUUGGCGUGGGGGCCUUCCAAUCUCAUGGCUGCCUGAUCGAUCUUGAGUGAUUACAAAAGCAGAGAUAUUGCUCUUUGAUUUCGAAGAUCGGUUACUGUAGCUGGCAACUAAAUCAGAAAGCUGUGCAGUCUAAUCAUGCUGGUCGCCAAUGCAGCAAUCAGAGGAGAAGAGAUGGAUUAUCUAGUCUUUCCACAAAGAGCUCUCCUUUAGUUUCAGUCUUACUUUCCUAAUAAUAAUGCUCACAGACUCAACACAGCUUCCAACUUUCAACUUCCCAUCGCCCAAAUUUGCUGCUUUCAAAUGCCUUUCGGACUCUCUGCCUCAUUUCUCAAAUCUCGCUCCUUCCACCACCACCGGUGGAAGUUUCUGAAAGAGCGAGAAAUUCACAAACAACCACUACGCAAUACAAGAAGAGCCUUAUGGAACAACAAUGGGAAACUAUCAAAAGAAUAUUGUAUCAAGAUGCAGCAUAAUUAUUGGAAGAAUCAUUGCACCAACCUUAAAGGAGGAUCUAUGAUGAGUGAUGAUAAAUUUGAGAAAAAAUACUUGGUGAAUGCAACCUCAAAAAAUUCACAUGAUGAACCAAAAAAAUCACAACCUAUUUUGGAGUUUAUCAAAGAUGGCAUGGAUACUUUUCGCCAGUUUUCCAGAUUAUACGCAUUCUUUAGCUUCAUAUCAAGUGGACUUUCUUCAUCACUCCUUGCGGUGGACAAUUUAUCAAAUAUAUCUCCAAAAAUGUUCUUAAUAGGCUUCUUGCAGUUUCUGAUACCUAACUGCAUCAUGUUUCAAUAUAUUGUUGGUGUGAAUCAAUUAGCCGAUAUUGAAAUAGACAAGAUUAAUAAACCAUAUCUUCCAUUGGCAUCCGGGAAAUAUUCCUUAAGAAAUGCAAUAAUAAUUGUCGCAUCAUCUCUUCUAAUGGGCUUUGGAUCUGCGUGGGUGUUAGGAUCAAGGCCAAUGUUUUGGUGUUUAGUCAUCAGUACUAUGCUCAUGACUGCUUAUUCAGUUAAUUUGCCCUUGUUGAGAUGGAAAAGAUCCACAAUCCUUGCAACAUUAUCUCUUGCAAGUUCUAUGACAAUUGGACAACAUAUUGCACCAUUUCUUCACAUGAAGACUGUGCUCAAGAAGGCACUUAACUAUCCGAGAUCACUAGUUUUUACUGUUGUGGUCGUCAGCCUUUUCUAUACAGUUAUAUCCUUGGCAAAGGAUAUACCUGACAUUGAAGGAGAUAAAGCAGCAGGUCACAAAACCUUGGCAAUACAUUUGGGUCCUAGACGAGUAUUUUGGUUUUGCAUUUCGCUCCUUCAAAUGACAUAUGGAAUUGCUAUUAUAAUGGGAGCAUUAUCUCCUAUCCUAUGGAGCAAAAUUUUUACGGUUGUGACACAUUUCAUCAUGUCCAUAAUCCUUUGGUAUCGUGCAAAUUCCGUAGAUUUAUCGAACAAUGAUUCGUUACAAUCCUUUUAUAUGGCUAUCUUUGUGUUUCUUUCUGUGGAAAACUUCCUUGUACUUUUUGUUCGAUGAAGAUGGAAUGAUAUUUGAUUCUAUAAAUUGUUCAACAUUUAUCACAUGUCACCAUGGAGACUAUCAAUAAGUUCAAAAUUUGAUGUGUUUCAUAUUUUUCGAUUGAUGUUGGGACUAUGCCUUACUGUUGAGAGUUCAGAAAGUAAUAGACUUUGGACUUUUUCUAGAGUUGAUU